AUGAAGAAACAACAAUCUCUUUUCUCUUCUUCAAUUCUAAAACUACUAAUUUGCAUCCUUUUCUACUCCAUUACCAUCUCAGCACAGCUCUCGCCAGUUCAACCCCCACAAACAUCAACACCAGCACCAGGUUUCAACACAGUUCCCCUUGUACCAGUUUCCCCAAGUGGAGGUCCGGCUCCUAUUGACAUCACCCCCAAAACAUCAUCCAUUGACAUCAUCCUAAUUCUACAAAAAGCCAAAAGAUUUUCGGUUCUUGUUCGCCUUCUCAAAGCAACUCAGUUAAUAACCCAACUCAACUCACAGCUAGUUACGUCACCAUCAUCAUCAGAAGCAUCAGAUUCUAGCAGUGCUGGUUUAACCCUUUUUGCACCAGAAGACAGUGCUUUUUCAAAACUGAAACCAGGUUUCCUUAAUUCUCUCAGUGACAGACACAAAGUAGAACUGUUACAGUUCCACACACUCUCUUCAUUCAUCUCAAUCUCAAAUUUCAACACCUUAACAAACCCGGUUCAAACACAGGCCGGUGACGAUGCUAAAAGGCUACAACUUAAUGUAACCACUUCCGGGGGUGGCCAUGUUAGCUUGACAACAGGUGCGGUUAACGCUACUGUCACAGGAACCGUUUAUGCAGAUAAUAAACUAGCUAUAUAUCAGGUUGACAAGGUUCUUGUUCCUCUUGAUCUUUUGCUUCCUGCGAAAGCUCCUGCACCUGCACCGGUUUCUAAAGGAGGUUCAUCUGAUGAUGGAAGCAAGUCAUCUACAUCGAAGGAUGAUGAUGAUGAUGAAAACAAAGACUCGCCUUCUGAAACUUCUUCUGGUGCUGGUUACUCUAAUGUGAAGGGAAUGUGGAUGGCUUUUGUUGUUGGGAUGGUUUUGCUUGGUUAUGAAGCUAUGCUAUCAAUUUGA